AUGGCUGAACAAAAGGACCCCGUACCGGCGGGCGAGAUUGAGCUCGCCCCGUCCCCGUCGGGACCUACGCCCCAGCAGCUGGCGCAAGACGACACUGGUGGCAAGAAGGACAAGGCGGCCGAGUUCCUGGCCAAGAAUGGCUUGGGACAGAGGAUCGUCAUCACGGCGGCGGACUCGGCGCGCGUGCUGCGGCGCAUCGACACCGUGAUCUUGCCCCUCAUGCUGGUCGUGUACUUCCUGCAGGGGCUCGACAAGGCGACGCUCGCGUACGCGUCCGUGUUCGGUCUCAUCGAGGACACCGGGCUCCACGGCGACCAGUACGGCUGGCUGGGAAGCAUCGUCUACCUGGCGCAGCUCGUGAUGCAGCCGCCGCUGGCCUGGCUCCUCGUGCGUCUGCCCAUCGGCAAGUUCACCGCCGCCAUGGUGCUCAGCUGGGGUAUCUCGCUCUCCUGCAUGGCCGCCUCGCACAACUUCGGCGGCCUACUCGCUACCCGCUUCCUCCUCGGCGUCUUCGAGGCCAGUGUCGCGCCUAGCUUCGUCGCCAUCACUCAGAUGUGGUGGAGACGCCGCGAACAGACCGUAAGGACAAGCUACUGGUACGCCAUGAAUGGAAUCACAAACAUGUUCGGCAGCUUAAUCACGUACGGCCUAGGACACAUAUCCUCCACCCUACACGCCUAUCAAAUCAUCUUCAUAUUCUUCGGGGUGAUUACCGUCGUGUUUAGCUUCGUCAUGUUCUACUUCAUGCCCGAUUCGCCUAUCGAGGCCAAGUUCCUGAGCGAGGAGGACAAGAUCAUCGCGGUCGAGCGUCUGCGCAUGAACCAGAUGGGUCUCAUCUCGCGCAAAUGGCGUAAUGACCACCUCAAGGAGGCUCUGCUCGACCCCAAGUCCUGGUUCUGGUUUGCGCUGCUGUUCUCCAUCAGCAUCCCAUCCGGCGGCAUCUCGACCUUCGGCCCCCUCAUCAUCAAGACCUUCGGUUACGACCAGUUCCAGACCAUUCUCUUCAACAUCCCCUUCGGCUUCGUCCAGCUUGUCGCCACAGUCGGUGGGGCCUUCCUCGCCCAGAGGAUCAAGAUGAAGGGCCCCGUCAUCGCCCUCCUCUGCCUGCCCCCGAUCGCCGGUUGUGUCAUGCUCAUUGUGCUCCCCCGCGACGCUGGCCACCGAGCCUCGCUCCUCGCCGGGUACUACCUCAUCUCCGUAUACCCUGGUAUAACGCCGCUCAUCUACUCGUGGUCGUCGCAGAACACAGCCGGCGACACGAAGCGCAAGUCGACGAACGCAAUUCUGCUGGUUGGGCAGUCGAUCGGCAACGUGAUCGGGCCGCUUCUGUACACGCAGACGGAGGCACCGGGGUACGCGCGGGGGCUGCGCUCGAACUUGGCACUGUACGUGGCUAUCAUCGUGCUCGUCGGGCUCACGACGCUGUACCUGCGGCUGCUCAACAGGCGUCACGCCGCGCGCCGCGUCGCCAUGGGGAAGAGCGCCGUCAUCAUCGACACCAGCCUCGACUCUGAGAAGGAGGCCGCCGCCGCUCUCGAGGCCGAGAACAAGACCGCCGGCGUCGAGGACGCCCCCACCGUGCAGACCGGCGACCGCGCCUUCGAGGACCUAACCGACCUCGAGAACGAAGAGUUCGUGUUCGUCCUCUGA